AACUGGGGCUGUGGGGGUCAGGAUGGGAACGAUGGGGAAAGGGACGAAGGUGGGUGCGGAGAGAAAAGGUGGAUACGGAGAAGGUAAGCAUGGGAGAAAAGAGGUGGCAUGAGGAAGAAAGAAGCCAUGCUGGAAGAAGGUGGGCAUUGGGGGUGGGGGGAGAGGCAGGUAUGUAAGGGAAGGUGAGAAUCGGGGCCUGACGGUGCAGUGGAUCCAGAUGUGAGGGACGAAGAGGGAGAUGAGGCUUGGGGCGAACGCUGAAUGGCAGAGCGGGAUCGGAGCUCACUGACUUUGUCCCUGUCUCCCCACCUCCUGCAGGUACAUGGUUCAGGUCCGAGCCGUGGUGAUGGCCCGAGAUGACUCCAGUGGGGGCUGGCUGCCUGUGGGGGGCGGGGGCCUCAGCCAGGUGAGCGUUUGUCGGGUCCGAGGGGCCAGGCCCGAGGGGGGGGCCCGCCAGGGGCACUACGUCAUCCACGGGGAGCGCCUUCGGGACCAGAAAACCACCUUGGAGUGUACCCUGAGGCCAGGCUUGGUUUACAACAAGGUGAACCCCAUCUUCCAUCACUGGAGCCUGGGCGACUGCAAGUUUGGGCUGACGUUUCAGAGUCCCGCAGAAGCUGACGAGUUCCAGAAGAGCCUGCUGGCUGCACUGGCUGCACUGGGGCGAGGCUCGCUCACCCCCUCUUCCUCCUCCUCUUCCUCCUCCCCUUCCCAGGACACCGCAGAGACUCCCUGCCCUCUGACGUCCCAUGUGGACAGCGAGUCCUCCUCCAGUCACAGCCACCAGGAGACGCCUCCCACCGCGGCGGCGGCGGCCACUAUCAUCACCGUGGAGUCAGCUUCUGGCUUCGGGCCGGCCACGUCCCCCCAGCGCCGGCGCUCCUCCGCUCAGAGCUACCCUCCGCUCCUACCGUUCACGGGGAUUCCGGAGCCCUCAGAGCCCCUGGCCGGGGUAGGGGGCCCGGGCUGGGGCGGCCGUGGCUAUGAGGAUUAUCGGCGCGCUGGGCCGCCCGCACCCCUCGCCCUGUCCACCUGCGUCGUGCGCUUCGCCAAGACCGGCGCGUUGAGGGGUGCAGCCCUGGGGCCUCCCACCGCGCUACCCGCCCCUCUCGCCGAGGCUGCGCCCCCAGCGCCCCCGGCUCGCCCACCACCCGGCCCCGGCCCUGCCCCUGCGCCGGCCAAGGCCUCCCCGGAGGCAGAGGAGGCGGCGCGCUGUGUGCACUGCCGUGCGCUCUUCCGCCGCAGAGCUGACGGGCGUGGUGGCCGCUGCGCGGAGGCCCCGGACCCGGGUCGCCUGCUGGUGCGCCGGCUCAGUUGCCUGUGGUGCGCCGAGAGCUUGCUCUACCACUGCCUGUCAGACGCCGAGGGCGACUUCUCGGACCCGUGCGCCUGCGAGCCGGGCCACCCGCGUCCCGCCGCGCGCUGGGCCGCGCUGGCCGCCCUCUCCCUGGCGGUGCCCUGCCUCUGCUGCUAUGCGCCCCUGCGCGCAUGCCACUGGGUCGCGGCACGAUGUGGCUGCGCUGGCUGCGGGGGUCGCCACGAGGAGGCGGCGCGGUGAGGACGGCCUGGUGGGUCCAGUAGCUGCACCGAGGACCCAAAAUUGAGGGUCCAGGACCCUGGACUCUGUUCGGACCCCAAACCCAAACCUAGGCACACCCGGAACUUGGAGCUUGAGUUUGGAUUGAGAGACCCCAGACCUGGAACCUGGACCCCAAAUCUAGGACUGAGAGACCCCAGACCCAGCUUCAUUGGGAUGUCUGUCCAAGAGGUCCCAGGCAUCCUGAGUUCUGGUGUCCCCAUCCUGCUGCCAUCCCCUCCCUGACCUAGACUGAGGAGACUCCAGGCAUCCCCCACACUCUACACCUCGGGCAGGCUGGGGAGCAUCUGUAUCCCUGAGAGACGCAGGGCCCUGCACCCCAACUCCCUGUUCAAAUAACCAACCCAGACCCUAUCAUGCCUGACGCCAUGAACCCUCAGAUUACAGCCCUGGAGUUAGUCAGGAGUUACCAGUACCCGACCCUGCCUGUAUACAAUUCCUCCCAGAUCAUGAGACCAUAGAACCCAGAUUCACCCCAGAGGGUCACCGAAUGCUCACCUAAAACUUGGGGCACCCAUAUCUGAGAUGUUCUUGUAGCCUCCAGGACCCCUGAGACACCAAACUCUCUUACAAUGCCCUGAGUAGUUCGAUAUGCCCAGAUGUUCUCUGACCAAGAUGACUUGGGAGACCCAUCUCAGAGUCUCUCCCAUUCCCCCCAACCAAGAUCCAGAUGUCAGACUCCAAGAUGCUCUGGGAGCCAAGGACCAAAGACCUCUGUAGACCCACCCACCCCAAGGCAGUGUUCCCAGGAGCUUUGGAUCUCCUAUAUGGGACUCUGAUGUGCCUCGUACUCCCCUAUGUAGUACUGAAGGCCACCAACACCUUGGGGCCCAAGACACUGGUCCCAAGUCCUUUUUCAAAACCCAUUAGACUUGGAUUUCAAGCCCCAUAAUAGUCUGGAAUCUUUGGCUGCUUUGUAUCCACAGAUCCUCAAUUCCCUAAAAGCUGGAAGCCCAGCUCCCAGAAGAUGGGAUGUUCAUGGCAACCCAGACCUCUGACCCCUUGGCCCCCAGCCCCUGAGCGACCCCAAGGUGCUUUGGGAGCACUGGUCCCAAGACCCCAAGGUGCCAUUGAUACCCCAAAUUCAGGGCUCAAGCCUACACAACAUUGGGAUGGUCCCUGCUCAAGACCUUGGUCCCUCCAUACCAGAGACAGAACUGAAGUGCCCCAGGGCCAUAGCACCUUCAGAUCCCAGAUUUCUUUGGACUCAAGCCUCUUAAGCCUGAUAUUCCCCAAGACCUGGUGCCCUUGAAUCCUGAUGUCUAUAAGCCCCUGAAACCCCAAGGUCCCAGACCUCUGAAUUCAAGUCCUAAGGAUCCCAGCCCAAGCCCCCAGCAUCUCACAGAACUACCCUUUUACUAGGGUAAAAAAACAAACAUUUUGAGCUCAUGUUUCUGAAUUCCAGAACUACCCCAGAGCUCCCCCACUCCCAUCUUUAGGACCUAGCAUUGCCAUAGAUGAUUGCGCAAGCUGUUCAGUAAUCAAAGCCACACAGUCAAGGUGGGGGUGUGGCUGGAAUUCACACUGCACUCUGCUGGCUACACUGUGCACGAAGUCACUUUUUAGGCUAGCUAUGGAUCUACACACACACACACACACACACACACACACACGCACACCCCUUGCACUCAGCCCCAAGCCUGACCUUGAACCCAAGUCCUAGUCCAAACUUCUUCUGUUCUGCCCUGUUAACCCCUUCCCUUCCAUCUCAGAGUUGGGGAUUGCUUUGCGAAGUUUGAAAGCCUAUUUCACGGCCCUCUGUGAUCCCUCUUCUGGGCAAGGGGGUUGCCACAGUCUCUUUCCAGAGUGGGAUGGGACUUCCAGGGUACCUCAGAUCUGAUGGCCUGAAUGGGAGGAUCAAGGUCUUGGAGCAAGACAAUCUCAAUGCUCUGUGGGCUUGGGACCUGCAUCUGGUCCCAAGCAUCUGGAAAUGUGCACUUACCUUUCUUCAUUACCCAGACUUGGAUGACCUUGUAGGAGUUCAAGGGAUAGGUCAAGGGGGUCAGAGGGCUAGAUCCUUCUGUCACUUCCUUUAAAUUAUUAACUAUUUAUUACAUCCGGAACCUGUGAGAUUCAGCUCUCCCAACCAGACCCUGGGAUGGGUGAGAGAACAGGGGGAUGUCCCUCCCAUCCCCACUCUGCCCAGCUCUCAUCACUGUCAGACCCACCAGAGCUGAGGGCGGAGGGACCGGGGGCUGGGGCAGCCUGGGUCCCCAUCCCCCUCUCUGUGCCUCGGUCUCCUCCCUUCCGUGGUGGGCGGGGGGAAGCUCCAUUCUUAACCUACCUCGUUUUGGGGAGGGGUGGGACGGGGACCAGAGUGCUGUAAGGUGCUGUGGGAUCUGCGGAUGAAGCGGUGGGAGCCGGGGAAGGUUCCCCCGGCCCCCACCUCCCAGCACCGCCUCUCCCAGGUCUCCCGGUCCUGCUCCCUGCUGAUACCCACCUCUGAUCCAUGAUUCCUCUUCAUCACCCCCAAAUCAGGGGUGCGUGGAGGGCUGACCCUGGGAGCCAGGAAGACCUCAGACCCUGGAGCCCCCAGGCCCAAUUUCCCAGCUGCCUGCCCCUCAGAUUGGAUGCUUGGCCCCCAGAUUUGGGGGAGGCACCCUGACAUUUAUCUUCCUGAUCUCGAUUCCAAGCCAGUCUGUGACCUCAAUAUUGUUAUCAGUGCAGGCUGCAGUGGUGGGGGAGGAUGGGGGCCAAAGACCCAGCCUUGUCAUUGGGGAGGGGGCAUGAAAUAUUCGCUCCAAGAAACGUCUGUGACAAAGUCUCAGCCUGUGUCCUUUAUUUGCAUUGAUACACCCCAUCCAUCACCUUCCUGAACACCAAGCCAGUCUCCUACCCAAUUCAUCCUUUCUCUACUUCCUUUAGUCCCAGGCAGGCCCUCCAGCUGAGUUGCACACAUUCAGUCACUCAGGUACAUUUACUGUACACCCAUUAUAUGCCAGGCCCUGUCCUAGGCACUGAGGAUGAAGCAGUGAACAGAACAGA